AUGAGCGAGAGUCAAGUCUCCUUCAAGGUGUCCAUGAUGAGUGGCGUUGAAGGCAGUGUGACCGGUGAUGCCAGCGAGAAGGUCUUGGACGUCAGAAGUCGAAUCCUCGAAGCGCUGAACUUGGACGGGCUUUCUUUGUCCCUCUUCUUGGACUCAGCUGAAGGCGAAGAAGUCAAGGAUGCCCAAAGCAUCGCAGACCUGUCUGGCCGAAGUGUUCUUGCCGUUGUGCAAUCUGAGCCAGAAUGGUGCACCAACAAGUUCUUCAAGCAGGCUUACAUCCGUGGACGCCGUUGUGGAAUGGAAGAGACCUCUGAAGACACCGACCUGAAAGUCCAUGCAGGCGGUACAUUCACUUACAGCCACAAAUUUCACGACCACGAUGCUGAGUGCGGCUACAAUCAUGAUACGAACGUCACAGCGAAAGGCCAAUGGAAGGUCCGCUGGGAUGCUUCAAAGAAAGUUGAGGUCCUAGAACUCAAAGGAGAAGCGACCAAACAUGACAGGCAGCAUGUUGGCAGGGGAUGUUAUGAUGACUGGGACCGCGACAGCAACGACGGCGAAGGUGAGCCUGACGAAGAGGAAGAGGACACCAGUGCUGGCGACCGGAACUAUGACAGGACGACGACAGAAGUCUUUUGCAUGAGGCUUUCCAAGGAUGUCUUGAUGACCGAAGAUAAAGGACGGCAUACGCGGGGUGGCUGGAAGGUUUCUUCACUCGGUGAAUGA